AAUUAACCUCGUCUAUUAAUAACUUUUCCCUGUUUUGUGAUCACAAAGUUUCAAGUUUACAACAUUUAUCAAUGGCAAACAUUUUACAGUCUUUAAGAACAUAGUUAAGUUCAAGUUGGGCAUAUAAGUAAAUUUAUGGGACAGCAUCUGCACUUCUCGUGGACUAUUUUUCUCAAAGCACAUAAUGAUCUUGUUUUUCUUUUCUAGUCAACAAAACGAAGGAAAGCAAGCAAAGAAAAGAAUGCUUCCGAAUGAUGAGACUCCUUGCUCAUUUAUUACCCUUUUUGACUAUCUAUCUUCAUCUUGUUUUUACUCUGUCCUUUCACUUUCGCUUAUGAUAUGUAACCCAUAUUGUUCUUCAAACUACUGUACAUGUGAGCUUCUAUAACUAGUUUUCUUUACCUGCUCAAGUUAUUGGUAAUCUGUAGUUUUUAUAUUUCAUAUCUAGUACUUGGAGGUGACUAUCGUUUUUACUAAGAUCAAUCAAACACAAACAUCCAACUUCAAAAGUAAUUUGACAGAUACAUGGCUCAACAGGAAGAAGGCUGGCCCCUGGGAUUGCAGCCCCUGAAUGUGAGAAUUGGGCUGGCUAGAAACCAUGAUCACUCGGGAUCAAUAUCAUUCAACACUAUACUCACCGGUUCUCCAACUUCAUCUACAGAUUCCUCUUCAGAUUUAGACACAGAGUCUACUGGGUCUUUUUUCCAUGACAAGAGCAUUACACUUGGGAGCCUAAUUGGUGUUUCUAGCAUAUUGGAACUCUCAAAAAGAUCUGUAAGAGGAAGGAAAGAUGAAGAAACAAGAGAAAAAAGGAGCAAAAACAACAGGCCAAAAGUUUGGUUCUUUUCUUUAUGCUCAAGGGAUAAUACUGAUGCUGAGAAUGUUAAUGCAACCAAUGCUCCAUCACUUGGCCACUUCCUCGCGGUGGAAAGAAGAGCUGCCGUUGAAUAUAGAAGGAACCAGAAUCCUGCUACUGUCUAUGGCCCUGAUGAGCUUGCCCUGGCUCAACCUAAUUUAGAAUCAAACUCCCUAUUUGUUAAUGGCUGCGUUGCCCCUCCUCGAUCAAGUUCUUGUCAUGGUCCAGAUGCUGAGAAUGGAAAGAAUGAUGGUAACAGUUACGGAGUUCCAGUGCUGCUUUCAUGCGUGUGUGGACAACCCUCCAUCUAAGCAUGUCUUGCAUCUAAAUCUUUGGUCUCGUAUUUUCUUAUUAAAUUUCGUAUGCUUUAGAAGGAAUAAUCUUCUUUCCUUUGUGAUUUCUUACUGAUUUUUUUUCCUUUUCUUCAGUUUCAAAUGAGAAAUGGAAUCACUCUUUCCCUGGUUGAGUUCCUUGAA